GAACUCCCAUUCACCGUCAUGUCUGAUGGAGGAGUCACAACUCAUGGCUCAGCAUCGGAAGAGGAUGUGUGUACUAUAACUAAGCUACCUGGAUAGAGACAGACAGGACAUUUCAAAUACAAGAUCAGCAACCCCCAAUGGAAGCAGCCUCCAUUUCUCCUCUGACUUGCUUUCUCGUGAUAUAAUCCCUAUGUGAGGAGAAGCGACCACCUGUACUUCUGUUUGCCUGUCACGUGUCCAACUAUAUCUGAGGGUAUCCCUUCAGAAGCUGGACAACAUAUCGAGCUACCUGAGAGCUCUUCCGGAUGCAUUUGUCAAUGGAUACCUUGGGAAUGGUGAAUGACGGCUGCCUGUCACCAGACAACUACCAUGACAUGGUGAAGGGAGGGGGGUCUAGCGUAGGAGGCCGGGUCCACAGCAUCGAUGUGAUCCUGGGCUUCAGUAAGGACCAGGAACCCCUGCUCACCCCCGUGGGGGAUGUGGGGGCCCAUAAAGUGGACACAGAGGGCCUGGAGUACCAGGGGAAGCAGGUCCAGUCAGACCCAUACGGACAUCUCGCCAGCCUGGGGGACAUCACACAGCACUCUGCCUUCCACGAAUCAGGCCUUUUCUCCAGUGAUAAGUGUGAUGGGGACCUGGGAGAUCUCCAGAAGGGGGUGGACAGUGACGGGGAGAAGUCCCCGGAACCCCCAGAGGAGGACCACCCCAAGAAGAAGCACCGGCGUAACCGCACCACCUUCACCACCUACCAGCUCCACGAGCUGGAGAGGGCCUUCGAGAAGUCACACUACCCUGAUGUCUACAGCCGGGAGGAGCUGGCCAUGAAGGUCAACCUCCCUGAGGUCCGCGUGCAGGUUUGGUUCCAGAAUCGUCGGGCUAAAUGGCGACGUCAGGAGAAGAUGGACUCUAGCUGCACGAAGCUCUACGACUCUCCCAUGCUGUCCUUCAACCGGCCGCCCAUGUCCUCCAACUUGGGGCCCAUGUCUAACCCCUGGCUGACCUCUCCCAUGAAUAGUGCCACCCCCAUGAACACUAUUCCUGGCUACAUGGGCCCAGGGCAGGGCCCUCACCUCCAGCCUGCCUACCCUAGCCACUCCCACAGCCAAAGCUUCCUCAACAGCCCCCCAACAUAUGGCAUGGUGCACCAGGGGAAGGUACAGGGCAUGCAGUCAAUGGCCCCGCCACCCUACCAGUGUUCUCCCAGCUUCAACGAUAAGUACCCAAUCCAUGAGCAAGUGGAAUGUAGCUCCAGCAUCGCGGUGUUGAGGAUGAAGGCUAAGGAGCAUAUUCAGUCCAUGGAUAAAACCUGGCAGCACAUGUGAUCAGAAGAUGGAGAGAAUACGUUCUGUAUAAGGGAUGAUCAACUGCAACAAAUGUGAUUACAAAAACAAAGACAUUCUGUAUAAAGGAUGUUCAACUAAAUGAAUGUAGCUAUGUUUACAAACUUUUUUUUUCUUUCUUGGUUUAAAAUCCUGACAGAGAGGAUACUGUGCGUGGCACCUUGUCAGCUUGUUGAGUGACUCGUAAAGACAGAACUGAGCGACAAGCAUUGAUGAUCGAUUUAUACUCUGGAUGCAAUUAAGCUUGUACUGUAACGGUUUUGCAAUGGACGGCUGAAUUUUUACCAAUAUAUCACUAGUUAAUACCCUAUCAGUACAAAGCAACAGGAGAGACAGCUACCGCUUCUGACUUCCAUAUUAGGUCCAGGAGUUUUUCCUGACCAUGUGGCCUGACUAGGACAUCCUCUUGGCCCUGAUGAGGCAACAAGUCCUCGGUGACUCCGUCCUGGCGAAGCGAGGUUGAGAUCCUCUGUCUUGCAUAAUCUGUCACGCCUGCUAAUUUGUGCAGACAAGCAUACCUCCUUACACCUAAUUAACUGUUUUAAAAGUGAUUACAGUGCAUUCUGAAAGUAUUCAGACCCCUUGACUUUAUCCACAU